UCUACGCUGUAACUGAUCUCAACCAAGAAUCUCCUCUGUUCUCUCUCUCUCUCUCUCUCUCUCUCUCUUUUGGGAUCUGUCACUGUAACAUAGCAAGACCCUUUUAAGGCUUAACCUCCUGAUUAGUAGGAUCGUCUCUCUUCUCUCCUCUCUCUCUCUCUCUCUCACGCUCAAUCAUUGAAAAUAAUGGCUGUUUUUUUUCGCCAUGUAGGUGUCUCUAGGGUUCUUGGAAGUCGGGGCUGUUUGCUUUUUUGACUACUUGGGUGCCAUUCCCAGCCUGUCCUCCUCCUACCAACAAUAACAGCAGCAGCAGACUUUAAGCCCCAUUUCAGUUUUUUUUUUUUUUUCCCCCCUGAAAGUGGGUUUUUGUUUUGUGUUAACUUCUGUCCUUGGCUUAGAUCUUACUUCAUCAGCAAAAAUCCCCGCUUUCUCAAACUGGGUGUUCAGUUUUCACCUUCAAUCCUACUUCUCCAGUGCAGAUGUCACAUUCCAUUGAGGGACUUCAUUUAUGCAUGAGACUGAGUUUGGCUUAAUCUUGAAACUUUCCGGUUCAUGUCUUGUUUUUGGUUGUUGUGUGUUCUUUGCGUGUCAGUUUCUGCGUUUUCCUUCAGAAGGGUGACUGAGAAAUGUUAGCUUCCAGUGAGCACAUCCCCGUGAUAUCAUUGCCGACCGAAGAUCUGAAAGAUCCACUAAACACCCCUCUGAUGGGAUCAAACUCUGAUCCCUCCGGCGGGUUCCUGCCCGCUUCCCGGUUUUCCGAAUCGCAACCUCUCCCCGCAGUCUGCACUGACGUGACUGUCAUCCCCGAGCACGAAAAACAGCAGCUCGAGCGGACCAUCGCGAAUCUUGAAGAUGAGAUUCUGCAGAUGAGGCAGAAGCAGAGGUUGUUGGAUGAAAGGAGAAGGUUGGCAUUAAACAGCAUAAUUGACAUCAAAGGAAGCAUUCGAGUAUUUUGCCGGGUCCGGCCAUUUCUGCCAACCGAUAGAAGAAAAUUUCACGAGCCUGUAACAGCUGAGCUGGAGAAAAUUGCCGUCAAGAUGCCCGGAGGUGUUAAAGAAUUCGGGUUUGAUAGGGUGUUUCACAAAGAAGCUAGCCAAGAGGAUGUUUAUGCUGAGGUGAAACCUAUUCUAAGAUCCGCACUCGAUGGGCACAAUGUGUGUGUUUUAGCUUAUGGUCAGACCGGCACAGGCAAGACUUUCACAAUGGAUGGGGUAAAUGAUCAGCCUGGGAUUGUUCCUCGAGCUCUUGAGGAGCUCUUCUCUCAGUCCUCUUUGAACGAGUUGUCUUCUCACACUUUCUAUAUGAGCAUGGUGGAGGUGUAUCUGGGGAACAUAAGAGACCUACUUGCUCCAAAACCGACCCAUAAGCCACACGAAGUCUCCAGUAGAUGCAAUCUCAAUAUUCAAUCGGAUCCAAAGGGAUUGAUCGAGAUUGAGGGCCUCACAGAAGUUCAAAUAUCUGAUCUUGGAAAAGCAAAAUGGUGGUACAAUCGAGGGAGGCGGGCAAGGGCCACAUCUUGGACCCAUGUGAAUGAGGCUUCAAGCAGAUCACAUUGCUUAAUGAGGAUUGCCAUAUCUCGAACUCGGGAUUCAAAGGCUAAGGCAGAAACGAGCAAACUGUGGAUGGUUGAUCUUGGAGGGAGUGAGCGUGUUCUGAAAACUGGAGCCACUGGACAAACUCUCGAUGAGGGAAGGGCAAUAAAUCUGUCUCUUUCAGCUCUAGGCGAUGUAAUUGCGUCUCUGAGGAGGAAAAAGGGUCACGUUCCUUACCGAAAUAGCAAGCUCACACAAAUCCUCAAGGAUUCCUUAGGUUUCGGAUCGAAGGUGUUGAUGCUUGUACACAUAAGUCCAUGUGAAGAUGACGUUGCGGAGACAAUCUGUUCGUUGAGUUUCGCAAGGAGAGCGAGAGCAGUUGAAUCGAUAAGAGAGAUACCAGAGGACUUGAAGAAGCAGAGGGAGAAGAAGUUAGCGGAGCUCGAAGAAGAAAUGAAAGAGGCAGAGGAAGAGUGCCAUAAAGUUCGAGAUCAGUUCCUUAAGACUGAAUUCCUCUUAAACGAAAACAAGAAGCUCUUCACAACCUCUUAUGGCCCAGUUGAAGAUGAGGAGAAGAUCACCACCACACCAGAAGACCUCAAGCAAGUAUUCAAAACACCGGUCUUGUCCGAUAAACUGGUAAAACCAAUUGUGCCAGGUCAGGUUCCUCGGUUCAUGACUUCAACUGUUGCGAGUCGCCAGAGGCAGGGCGCCUCGGAGAGAGACAUCGUGGGGAGAGUGAAGAGUUCAAGAUCGGCGACGAGAAUUUCCGUACAGUUCUCAGCUUCACAGUCCUUUAGCUACUCGGAUACUCUCUUCCGAGCAAUAAUCUCAAACAAGUCGAGCAAGAAAUCAAUAUAUGGGGAGACUAAGGCUAUUCACCCCACGGGAAGCCCGAAGUGUAGUGACAGAUCAGACUUGAAGCCGCAUUUGCUUCCUCGAAGUAAGAUGGUGACUUCAUCGGACCCAAACGUGAGGGUGGCACUGAGUCGUCACAGGAGGAGGGUGUCCAGUCUGAUCUAAUCACAACCCAGUUGACUGAUAGCCUAGUGUUCUGAUUUCCUCCUCUCGGUGUCCCUGUCAAGUGUGUGGGCGUGCCAUGAUCUUCAAGUUUGUUGUGAAGGAACGUCUCUUUUCAUUUUUUUUCGGCUUUGAUCGACACGUAUAUGUCUAUGUAUGUAUGAAGAGGAGUAGGCAUUGGUUGCUUUGCUGAUUAGGUAAGGAUAUGGUGAGGGAUCAGUCAGUUAUUUGUUCACUGAAUCCUUCUGAGGUUGAAGGUUGUUUUAACCAUUGGAAUGAACACUGUUGGUUCAUGACAUUAAUCUAUGAAGUUUGUGGUUUGUUCUGUUUUCA